CCUCCUCCGCAUUGUAGGUAUAAAUAAAUAUAGGUUAUUUGUAGCACAUAACUUACAUAAAUUAACGCGAAAAUUUCCGUUUUUAAUGCACAUUCUUUUGUGAAAAAUGUUUCUAUUUUGCAGAAAGGGGGUUAUGCAUUUUUAGGGCUCUAUUGGCAGCAAUGAAAAAUUAUUUGAAUUAUUUUUGUUUAUGAAGCAUAUGCUUGAUACUACACAAAAUUAGUUACAAUAUGGGCGGGGUUUAUUAACCUUAAAGCUAAUUUUCAAGAAUUCUUAUUUGCCAGUGAGAGAUCCAGACUUUUAUUGAUUCUAUUUUCAACUUAUUUUUUAAAAACUUCGUGAGUUAAAAAUUACAAAAAAAUUUAACUUUAUUUCUCAAAAAUUUCCCCUGACAAAAUUUAGCCCUUUUUGUCGUUAAUUUAUUCAAGAAAUUCUUACAUCCGGAAAAUCAAUUCAUUUUCACAUUAUGUAUUUUACAUAAAAAUCACGCAAGCCAUCAUACCCAUAGCCCUUUUGAUCUGAAUUCUGGCAAAAUAGAUUUAUUUUGGACUCUUUUAUUCUCUUUUUUUUUUUCUUUCCACCCAUUUUCAUUCACGAUGGCGUGUUGGGAAUCCAUUUAAUGUGAAAAGUUUUGUAAACAUUGUUGCUAUCACACGAUCAAGUGCGAAGGCUUUCCUGUACUUGAAAUCACCCACUACAAUGCUUGUCUUCUAUCUCUGCACUCUUGGUAAUUUAUCUAUUAAAUUCCCUCAGCGAGAAGCCUCAUUAAGUUGUGCUGAUGAUUCAAUUAAUUUUUCUAUUUUAAUAAAUUUUUCUAAUAAAUUACUAGUCGGGAUCCAGAUGAGGAAGUUUGUGACGACAGUUGGCUAGUUCCUGAAUCUUGAGAACUAUUUCAUUCUGAAUGGAUAGAAAAAUUCUAUGUGAUUGAUGGGGGGUUAUUUUUGCGCUGGGGCAUUGAUCGCGCACAAAUCAAUGGCGGCUUUUGGAACCAAAAAGCGAUCAUUCAACUCCCUUGAUCUUAUUUUGUACAUUGGCGAUCAUCUCGAGUUCACGAUCGGCAAUUUGGUGUUCAAUUUGUGUCUAGGUUAGUACUCGCGGUGUUUUUUUGUUUAGCCGAUUGGAUGGAGAUCAAUCAAUAUUUUGCACAAUUGCAAUUGUGUGAUCAAUAUGGGGCGCGAUCGUGUGUUUUUGUGUGGAAAUUUGUAAAUAUUUGUGAGAGGAUCGCCUGGAGAUGUUUUGAUUGACAUGAAAAUGUGACGAUCGUGGUAAAAAGUAAAUGUUUAUGGAAUUCCAUCGUCCACUUAACUCGUUUGGAGUUAUGUGCUUUUCCGGGGCGCGAUCGCGCGCGCAAAAGCAAGAAUAUUUCCAAAAAAAAAAAGCCCAAUUUGCGAGACUUCUUCAGGUGACCUUCCACGUGUGAUUCCCUACAAGAGCUAAAUACCAUGCGGAGAGUGUUUGGAUAAGGCGCGCGAUCAGUUCGUGAAACAUGGAUCGUCCGUCGAUCACUCUGUGCUUGUAUAUAGAUUUUUAUGUAGGCGCCUCUCGGUUUUAAUAUUGUAUAUGCGGUGUGUGUUGUACAUAUAGAAAAGUCGUUAUAUAGAAAUUCGCAGUUGGUUGGUUACAUCGCCACCACAUAGUCGACUAACAUUCCGUGUCGAACUUCUGCUGUGAGCAGAUCCCAUUUCAAUUAAAAUUGCGUUUUCUCACUGGACCACGAGUGUUGGGUGCAACUAAAUAAUUAUUUUGUCUCCCUCUGGGAUAAAAAAAUUGUGUUCAAUUUGGUAGAAAAAUUUAUAAAAAAUCAGUGAUUUGUUUUUCGAAAGAUUUUCAAAAGGAAAGAAUAUUUAAAAGAAAAUUUGUGGCAAAUCCGGAGAAGCAUUUUCUCGAUGGAGAAAGAAGGAGGAAAAAGUAUGAGAAGAAAAAUUGUGCAAAUUAAUUCUCUGUAAAACGCCGUGUAUUGCCAAUCGUCAAUCAAUUAACUGUUUUUCUCGUGCAAUUUUCCCUCAAUCUCAUUGUAUAUAAUUUUAGUGGUUUUCAUCAAAUUGGAUUUAUUUUCCUCCAUUGUUUGAGCGCACAAGGAAAAAAAUUGUACCAUGUGAAUUUAUUAUUUUUUCCUUCGAAAAAAAAAAAUUUGUGUGAAGAAGAAACUCUUUAGAGAGACACUUUCGCGAUCUUCUCGAUCUUCUAGAGUUUCAUUGAAGCACACAGAGGAGGUGCAUUGAAUGGUUUGUGGUGCAUUUGCAACAAGGAAAGUUGACGAGACAAGGUGUGUGCGGAGAUUAUUUCUUGGUGCAAAAAGUAAAGCUACCACAAAAUUUUUGCUAAAACGUGAACUAAACACUGUGAGAAAGUGAUCGGGCGUGGAAAAUGUGUGUGCGCGCGUGAAUGUGCGUGAGUUUUGAAGGCGCAAAGGAGGAUAAUUUUUUGAAUUAAAAAUAACGUUGAGGGAAAAAUCGUGUGAGAAGAAAAUCAAGCGUUAACAAUGUCUGCUUGAACAUUGAAGUACUUUUAGCGAUCACGGAUAGUUGAUCGGGGAGUUUAUAUGGACAAACUCAAACAGUUUUAUUGUUGUAAAAGUUUGUUUGCAAAAGUGAUUUGAAAGUGAGACACGAAAUUGAGAUAUUAACUGGCAUAAGCAAACGGCCCAACAAUGAAGGUUAAGGCAACGGGCAAAAGGAUAUUUCGCAGGAAGAAAAGCAAAAGAAAUUCUGAAGAGAUUGUGAAGCCAAAUGAAGUCACGGAAGGUGCCCUCCAGGUGUGGCGAGCUCUACCCGAGAAAAUCCGUCAGGAUCCCAGCUUGGCCAGCUUCCGGCAGGAACAUGAACGUCUUCACGGAGGUUUGCCCUGUGAUGAAGAUCCACUGCCCAAUGAGGAUGUCUCGGCAAAUGGAUCAACAAAUGAGGUGCCCAUCAGCAAUGAAUUUGUCCAGAUCAGCGUGACAAAUGAGCAUGGCCAGAUGAAGAAUAUCUCUGGCGCAAAGGAUGAUCACGAAAUGACGGACGUGGAUGACACAGAUGCCAUGACGGGGCACAGGAAGCAGAAUAAAUGGGUUAAAAAUAUCAAAAUAGGAAUACUCCUGAUGGUUUGGAUACUCUUCACGGGGAUCCUCAUGUCGACUACCGAGAAGGUGUUGGAAUUCCGCCAGCUGGCCGUACCUGAGGGCCAACUCAAGUCCUACACACUUUCGGAAGCACCUAAGGGCUCGAGAGUGGGUAUCAAUCUACAGGGUGCCUUCCUACCAGUGCACUACAGCAAUUUAACCGAGAAUAGACUGUCGGUCUUUAUUUAUCUGCAAAAUGCCACAGCAGCUGUAGACAAUGACAAUAGUAGCAGUCAAGUGCAGGAUCUUUCGUAUUACGAGAACGUAACGGAAGCAUGGCACCUAACUCUCGUCCAAGUAGACAUGAUCGACUCGGUGCCGGAGUUGGUGCAGAGGCACAACUUCGACUUGAGUCAGGUGGUGCUGAAUAAGGUCCGUAGCGGCAGUGCUGUGCUGCAGGUGAGAAUGUUCACCAACAUCAACGCCAGUCUUCCCCUCCAGUUUGCGUAUGAUCCAUCGCCAAUUAAUAAAAAUGCUGGCAUCAUCUACGCCGCCAUUGUCCUCCUGGGACUGUACAUUAUGAUCAUCUGGGAGGUUGUGCAUCGCACAUUUGCCGCCAUGAUCGCCUCAACGCUGUCAAUAGCAGUUCUAGCUGCUCUCGAUGAGAGGCCCACGAUGCCUGAGUUGAUGUCAUGGAUUGAUGUAGAGACACUGUUGCUGCUCUUUGGGAUGAUGAUCCUCGUGGCGAUUCUCUCAGAAACGGGCAUUUUUGAUUAUUUGGCCGUCUAUGCGUACAAAAUCACAAAUGGCAAAGUGUGGCCACUGAUAAAUUGUUUAUGCCUCUUUACGGCGGUUAUGUCAUCAUUCCUGGACAAUGUUACGACAGUCCUCCUUAUGACUCCUGUUACAAUAAGAUUAUGUGAGGUGAUGGAAUUGAAUCCAGUGCCAAUCCUCAUGUCCAUGAUCAUCUACUCAAAUAUCGGAGGUGCCCUAACACCUGUUGGUGAUCCUCCGAAUGUGAUUAUAGCUUCUAACUCUCACAUCGCGAAGGCCGGCGUCAACUUCACAACAUUCACCCUGCACAUGACAAUCGGUGUCAUCCUCGUCAUGAUCCAAACAUACUUCCAGCUUCGUUUUAAAUUCAAGAAUAUCAAUGAUCUCCGCUUCACUGAGCCGCAGGAUGUGCAGGAAUUACGCCAUGAAAUUGCCGUGUGGCAGCGUGCAGCGGCAUCGUUGUCAUCGUACUCCAAGGAUGAGGAUCUGGUGCGGGAGACACUGCUCAAGAAAGUCAAUCGCCUCUCGAGGAUGCUCAAGAAGAAACUCGUCACCGGGUCUGUUCCUAUUGAGAGUUACAAGACCACACUCGAGGAGCUGCAGGCAAAAUAUCCAAUCAGGAAUCGUGUGCUGUUGGUUAAAUCUGGUGUUACGUUGGUAUUUGUGGUGGCAUUCUUUUUCCUGCAUUCCGUCCCAGAGCUGCAGCGUCUCUCAUUGGGUUGGACUGCCCUCCUGGGAGCGAUACUCCUGCUAAUUUUAGCCGACAGGGAGGACAUGGAGUCAGUUCUCGCCAGGGUGGAGUUUUCAACGCUUCUCUUCUUUGCAUGUCUUUUUGUUCUCAUGGAGUCUCUUGCUAAACUGGGCUUAAUCGACUGGAUCGGGAAGCAAACUGAGAACAUCAUUCUGUCUGUUUCUGAAGAAUCUCGACUAGCUGUUGCAUUACUUCUCAUACUCUGGGUGUCAGCCAUAGCAUCGGCAUUCGUUGACAACAUCCCCCUAACCACGAUGAUGGUGAAAAUUGCCAUUUCCUUGGCUGAGAAUGAAGCUCUUGACCUACCACUGCAACCACUUGUGUGGGCUCUUGCAUUUGGCGCGUGUCUCGGGGGCAAUGGCACACUUAUUGGUGCCUCUGCAAAUGUUGUCUGUGCGGGAGUGGCUGAGCAACAUGGCUACAGAUUCACCUUCGUUGAAUAUUUCAAAGUGGGAUUCCCUGUUAUGAUUGGAAGUAUUGUGGUAGCAACAGGAUACUUAAUGGUAGCCCAUGUCCUCUUCACGUGGCACUGAUUUGUUGCAGUGUCGUGUCAAAAAGUUCUUUCUCCUGUGCAAAAUGUGAAUCUAUUAUGUAAUGAAGAAAAAUUAAGUUGCAUUGUGCUAAA